AUGGCGGGAACGAGCCACCUUCACACGCCAACCAGGCUUGCACUGGUGGCCGUGGCAGCAGGCCUGGUAUGUUUGGUCCUGUACCGCCAGUUCUUGCACCCACUGUCCAAGGUCCCAGGCCCGGUUCUCGCACGGUUCACGGGCAUGUGGCGCAACUGUACGGGCGGGUGGUGCGGAUCGCGCCCAACGAGGUGUUCCAUCGUGGACGAGGCGGCGGCGCGGGCGCUUUACGGCCAUGGCACGCAGGUGGUCAAGACCGACUGGUACGAGACCUGGGACGUCCCCGGCACGGCCUCGGGGCUGUUCGCAACGCGGGACCGGACCGAGCACAGCUUCCUCCGCCGGCGUGUCUCGCGCGCCUUCUCCAUGACCGCCAUCCUCGAGUUCGAGGCCUAUAUCCAGGGCUGCUUCGUCCUUCUGCUAGACCAGCUGUCCGCUCGCGCAGACAGUGGGAAAGCCGUCGACAUGGCCGAGUGGACCAAUGCCGUCGCCUACGACAUCGUCGGCGAGCUUGCCUACGGCAGCCAGCUAGGGCACGUCCGCACCGGCUCCGACGUCAUGGGCAUCCGCCAGGCCAUCCUCACCGGCUUCUUCUGGAUGGCCAAUCUGGGCCACUACCCCGGCAAGAGCCGGUUCCUGACCUCCCCGACGGCCGCUGCCUUUACGCGCUGGCUGGGCAUACCAAACAGCUUCCUCCACUUCCGGCAGUGGAGCGUUAACCGCGUUCGAGCCCGUAUGCAGGAGAGCGCCGCACCCACCCCGGGGAAGUCCACCCGCAAGGACAUGCUCCAUCACUUCGUCCAGAUGAAGGAUGCCAAUGGGAACCCGGCGUCGGAGGGGGAGGUGCUCAUCGAGGCCAUGAGUAUCAUAGGAGCAGGAGCUGACACGACUUCCAUCGGUAUGCGGGCUUGCCUGUACUACGUGUGCAGCCACCCGGCAGUAUAUAAGCGUCUCCAGGCCGAGAUCGACGAGUACUUCGCCGCCCGACCGGGUCAGCAAGGAAUCCCCUAUAACGAGGCCCGACAGCUGCCGUACCUGCAGGCAGUGGUGUCCGAGGCGACGCGCCUGCACCCCAGCAUUGUCUACCAGCUGCUCCGACGGGCCCCCUCCCCGGGGGGAAUGACAGUGGCAGGUCACGCGAUCCCUGCUGGCACGGCGGUUGACAUCAGCCCGCGGGCCCAGAACCGCGAUCGCGCCGUUUGGGGCGAAGACGCCGACUGCUUUCGCCCGGAGCGAUGGCUCGAGGACCCCGUCCGCGCCCGCUACUUUGAGUCGGUCACGAUGACCUUCGGUGGGAAUGGUCCCCGCAUGUGCAUUGGGCGUAAUAUUGCCUUGGUUGAAAUGCUGAAGUUCAUUGCCCUGAUGUUGCAUACCUUCGACAUCGAACUGGUGGACACCACCCGCCCGUGGCGGAUUGAGAGCUUUUGGUUUGCCUACCAGCAUGAGAUGUACGUGCGUCCCUGGAAGAGAAUGAAGAGCUAGUCGGGGCCAGCGCCUCCGGGUGGUAGAGGGCUAAUGAAGAUGGGAAAAAUUACUCCGUUUACCGACGAGAAGACAUAGGAAAUGACUUCGGCAAGGCCUAUUUGCAGAUAUUCAUUGCCUGUCUCAUGUUCUCUAAAAUCAUCCAGGCUGUUGAGUUUUCAUGAUACCGUUUUCUGCC